ACCAAAUAAAUCGGUUUCGAAUGUAAAUGUUAUAUCACUGUGUUUGCAAACAUGAUACGUAAAACGAGGUAUUUAUAUUUUGACGGGUUUUUAAUAUUUAACUGAUGUUAGAAUGCACAGAAAACUGAUACUAUUAUAGAUCUGACAUGAAGACUUAAACUUUAGCCAUGGCAGAAGAUACGGCAUCAGAAAACAAGCAGGAAUCGAGCAGUAAAUACUCAGAGAGACGUAGUGAUGCUGAAUCUGCAAAUACAGGUCCAUCCGGGCUUGAAAACAACGAACUGGAAUCUACCUUGUCAGUUAGAGAUCUUUUUGACUGGAAUCCGAAUUACUUCAAACAUACACGAGGAAUCAUCAACGUUAUAACUCUCGUAUUAAAUCUAAUAAUUCUUAUAAUGAUCUCUGUUGCCUGCCAGUUGUAUACAACUCGAAAGUUACCAGAAUAUUUCUUGUGUUAUCCGGCGGAUACAUUCCUGUUUGUUGUCGCUUGUAGUUCCUUUACUAAUGCUACUCUUCUCGUCUUUUGUUGUGUGCUAUCAAGCAAAACCAACCAAGUGCUCUAUAAUACAUCAUAUGAAAUAGGCUAUUAUGCUGUGUACUGUGUGCUUUAUUUCGCUUCUGGGGUAGGCCUAGUUUCCAAUGUGAUUAACAGGAAUAAAGGACAUGUUACUCUCGAGCCUCAUUAUACGACAACAUUAGCUGGAGGAAUCAUUGGAAUAAUAAACUGCUUGUUGUAUGGAGCAAGUGCUGUAUGGUUUGUUAUCUGUCACCUGUAAAUGCAUUCAUUUACUGUGUAAACUUUUACAUUUGAAAAGGUUUUUAUAUCUUGUACAACAUAUAACAAGACAAAUACAUCUAUUAAAACUGA